AUGCACACAGACAAUCAAGACUUCUUCGAACAGCAUAGCCAUACGGUCAUAACAAAUCAUGAAGAAGUGGUUGUUGUUGCGGCCGACCAAGUGUCUACCAAGAACACCAUCAGGAUCACAGAACCGCUCAUUCUACAUGCCAAUACUCAUUACGGCCAACCAAUUGAAUUCAAUAUCAACUCUGUGGCAUCUUCACAACCUUCUGUUGAAGACAAUGUUGGCUUUCACGUGUCUUUUGAGCGGACACCGAGGAUGCCAGAUGACAACAAGAUCCACCAAUUGCCAGGCUCAUUAGGAACUUACGAUAUCUUCAGUGUAGAGGCAUAUGCGGACCGCUUGCCGGCGAAGAUCAGGAACAGCAGUGGUGUGUUCUUUCCAAUGUGGCAGAGAGAAGCCAUGUGGCUCAAUUUCCAUGCAAAAUCACAUAUGUGUGUGGUGCGCGUAUUUAUCGGUCACGUCAAUGUGGUUUCUGGUCUCACCAUGGAGGAGACAUGUGACAAGCAGUUAGAUGAAGGAGAACAGGAUUAUAUUGUCCUUCCUGACCAACAAUGGUUGGACGGUAUCUGUAUAGCUCCUGGUAUCGUUCGUCAGUUCGUCGCUAUGCCACUUGGCUCUGGCUACACCAUAGAAGGACAAAAGACAGCAAAAGAGAAAUUUGGAGGACUGCAGCUGGAGGUUACACCAGAAGUCCUUCCAAAACAACGUUUCUGGUCGUACGCCAAGCAGCAGUACGUUAGUUUCAACGAAGAGGGGCUUUUGUUCGAGGGUAUCAUCGACGCUGAAUCGGAUAGCACGCGUGGACAAGCCGAUAGUCUCAGACCGGUGGUAUUCUCAGACGAUUUUGACGAGGGCAGUACACCCGAGCAGCUUGGCUGCGAGAUUGGUGACAUUCUGAGAUCAUAUCCGGUCGAAUCUUCUUUUCGAGAGCCAUUCAGAAUUAAACAUCUAUCCGUUCCAGGAACGACCGUUAGAUUCACAGCAUCUUAUGAAUACGACUUCGAGGAUGAGGCGAGCGAUGGAGAAGAAACCGGGUAUGAGGCAAACGAUGAAGAAGAAAUCGAGGGUGCAGUGUAUGGUGAAGUGAGACGAUCAGAUCGAAGUAAUCACAGCCUAGUAACAGAUGGGGGUGAUGCCAUAGCAGAAGAUUACAUGGAGGCAACGCCUCGAGGUGACUCUGAUGUCAUGCCAAAUGAAGAAAACCUCGAGGUAAACCUUGAUCGUCUCAAUAUCAUCGAGUCCAAGGAUGUCAGAGCUAUGGGUCUCGCUGCUGGUGGAAAGCUUAUCCAAGAUAUAUACAAGGACGACAACCCGGCCACGAUAUGGAACCAUGCCGCAGCGCGUAUCCUCCACGUGCAUAUUCUCGACCCAGUAAGCUGUGAGAAGGUCACGCACGUUGUUCCAAAACCUCCGGCGACCGACGUUAAAGGUUAUACAGGGGCUGGUGGGCAAUUCUUCGUUGUCGAGGAGAAGACAGACGCGCGUCUUGACAAAGGCGAUUUCGAUAAUGUAAAGAGUGUCAGCCAAAUGGAUCAACACAUCGGCAUCAGUACAGAGCCCGAGUUUGAUCCAAAAAAGCCGAAGAUGUGCGUGGUAUGCGAACUUCGACUAUGUGAUUGCAUUAUCCGUCCCUGUGACCACCAACUGUGCAACGUCUGCAUCAAGAGGAUUGAGCAGAACAGCAAUGAAGAUUCUGCUUCAGCGCACAGACAAUGGAGGUGUCCAACAUGUGACAGCAUGGUUUCGCACGUAGCAGGUUUCUCGGCUCCUAUGAAUCUGCCAGGCGAGGAGCCAUUGCGCGUCAAGGUCCCCGUUAAUGUGCUGAAAAUUGAAGACGGUAGGGUAAGAUUUGAAAGUGUGCAAAAGACCAGAAUCUAA